AUGCUCGGAUCGCGCAUACACGAACAGAAGCUGGCUGUUCGACGAGGCGACGCAUUAUCACAAGUGGCCACCCACGCCUACGAAAUGGGUCACGAGUUUAACAUCGUAGCCACCAAAAUAGUCACCCAAACCGGAAACAAGACAGUCCGAGAAUUGAUUGAAGCCUGGGCCUCGGAUGAGAAGUCAUUCAAUCGAUUUAUCGAUCUGGCGCCGGCGUACAGAGCCCUGCGUGGUCACCUCCAGCCCUGCGCCGUCGGUCGAUGA